AAUACUAAUUUAAAAAUGAGUAAAGCACAUCCUCCGGAACUUAAAAAAUAUAUGGAUAAAAAAUUAUCAUUAAAAUUAAAUGGAGGAAGACAUGUUAUUGGAAUUUUACGUGGAUUUGAUCCAUUUAUGAACAUGGUUAUAGAUGAAAGUAUUGAAGAAUGUAAGGAUGGUACUAAAAACAAUAUUGGAAUGGUGGUAAUACGUGGAAAUAGUGUAAUAAUGUUAGAGGCUUUAGACAGGAUAUGAAUCAAAAUAAAAAUACAACAUAA